CUGCAUUUUUGUUUCAACGAAACUUAGAAACAAAAUGGAAGAAAAGGACACACAGUGUGAUAAUGUGGUUGAUGGAAGUGCCAGUGCGCCAGUAAUUCAGUUUAAACCUCCAUUGUACAGACAGCGGUACCAGUUUGUUAAAGAUUUAGUGGAUCUACACCAACCUAAGAAGGUUGCAGACCUGGGAUGUGGUGAUACUUCACUCAUAAGGCAGUUAAAAGUGUUUCCAUGCAUUGAACUGCUCAUUGGAGUAGACAUCGAUGGGGAUAAAUUACGAUGGAAGGGGGAAAAAUUGGCUCCUGUCCUGGGGCAUUUUCUGCAACCCCGGGAACUGAAUUUGACUAUUACAUUGUACUGUGGCUCUGUUGUGGAGAGAGACUCUCGUUUGCUUGGAUUAGACUUGAUAACCUGUAUCGAACUAAUAGAACAUUUGGAUUCAGAUGAUCUGGCCAGAUUUCCGGAAGUGGUGUUUGGGUACCUGUCUCCAUCCAUGGUUGUCAUCAGCACACCAAACUCUGAAUUCAAUCCCUUGUUUCCAGCGGUGACCUUAAGAGAUUCAGAUCAUAAAUUUGAGUGGACUAGAAUGGAAUUUCAGAACUGGGCUUCGCAUGCGGCAAAUCUCUAUAAUUACUCUGUGGAGUUUACUGGCGUGGGAGCACCACCAGCUGGUGCUGAGAGUGUCGGAUUCUGUACACAGAUAGGCGUCUUCCGGAAAAAUGGCGGAAAGGCAGCUGAAUCGUGUGUUUUGGAGCAACAUGCUUAUAAAGUUGUUUUUACGGCCUCAUACCCAAGUUUACAGCAAGAAAGGUUCCUCAGACUCGUCAUGGUCAGUGAAGUGUCCCGUCAAGUGGAAAGCUUGAGAGUGAGGUAUCUGCGGAGGCUGAAAGAACAGAGGGACAAGGAGCUGGGUAAUGAGCCCGCAGACACCGGCCCAGAGGCCCCCAUGCUAUGCUUUGGACCAGCCUUCACAGAGGUUGAAAGAGACAGGAUAAAGAAGUCUCCUAAACCUUUCUGUGUUGGAAAUAAGUUCUUUGUGCCCCUGAAGAGACUCCUCGCCUAUCCCAAGCUGAACCGCUUAUGCAUUAGUGAAGAAAGGAUGAGGUCGGUCAUUGCCAGCUCGCUGAUCUUGAGCUGCGAUGGCUCUGCGGUGGUGGUUGAGUUGUAUGAUUAUUUUGAUCAUCUGUUUGAUUUUUGA